AUGGCGCCGGCAGCUACAGCGACAGCUCAGAAGCCCGAAGAGGCCCCCUCGAAGACUAUUCCCAUCAAGGAGUCUUUGGCUGUUCAGAAUCCUCAACUCCAAGAGGAGGAGCUUCCAAAGGUUCUCACCGGUCACAAAGAGCCCUUGAAGCCGAGUGGCGCAUUGGAUAAAUACGAGCACUUCGACAGCACCCCAAUCAUCGGUCGCGAAUUCCCCAGUCUCGACAUCAAGGAGCUCCUCAGAGCGCCCAACUCCGAUGACCUCAUUCGCGAUCUCGCCAUCACCAUUUCACAACGUGGUGUUGUGUUCUUCAGAAAGCAGGACAACAUCGACAACGACCUCCAGAAGGAACUUGUCCAGCGACUCGGCGAGCUUUCGGGCAAGCCGGCUACAUCCAAGCUCCACAUCCAUCCCGUUAACAAUGCUGCUCGAGGAAACGACAAGGACGACGAGAUCAGCGUCAUUUCGUCCGCGAACGCGAAGAAGCUGUCCCUGUACAAGUACUUGAACUACAACAAGAAACAGACCCAGAGGACGCAAUGGCACUCCGAUAUCACCUUUGAACCUGUUCCCAGCGACUAUGCGCUGUUGAGGCUUACCCAACUUCCAAAGACUGGAGGAGACACCCUCUGGGCAUCAGGCUAUGAGGUGUACGACCGCAUCUCUAGGCCCCUCCAGAAGUUCCUCGAAACCUUGACGGCAACAUACGCACAGCCGGGAUUCAAACAAGCCGCUGACAACAACGGAUUCAAGCUCUUCUCUUCCGAGCGCGGUGCCCCCGAGAACGUCGGCGAGAUCCUCGAGGCCAUACACCCAGUGAUCCGCACAAACCCCGUGACCGGAUGGAAGAGCGUCUUCGCCUUUGGUCAUCACGUUGAGAAGAUCAAUGGUCUGUCAGAGGAUGAAUCAAAACACUUCUUGGACUGGUUCGUGCAGCUCGUGUUGGAGAACCACGACCUCCAAGUUAGGCACCGCUGGCAGAAUGUCAACGACGUAGCAAUCUGGGAUAAUCGCUCAGUGUACCACGCUGCUACGCCCGACUACCUCGAAGGAGAUUAUGGCGAGAGGUCUGGCUCAAGGAGUGUUAGUCUUGGAGAGAGGCCAUACCUUGACCCGCAAAGUUUGAGCAGGCGAGAGGCUCUGCGUGCUGAGGCUCUUGCUAAGGAGACUGGGGCCUGA